UUGACUAGGCUAUCAGGUCGUUUAAUCCUGGUCAAGAAUACAUUUACUUUAUUCCUAUUCUAUUAGAAUAGGAACCAUCGAUUUACAUUUCUAACUUACUAAGUAAAGAAGGCAUCUGAAAGAAGUGUAAAUCGAAGAAUGUAAUUCGACCUGAGGCUGUAACAAAUUUGGAAGUUUAGUAUUUGUGUGUAAUUUUGAAUGCACCUUUUUUCAUUUAUUUCCAUGAACCACCCUUUCGGGCCGAACGGCCCCUACUUUAGUCGAUCCUGUCAGCGGGAUCGUUUCCCUAGUUUGACUGACGAGAUUGGCAUCAAGGCGGAUAGGCUGGUGUCUGCUCUGGGCAGCGCGGCAAUCGCAGAUAUGAACUCUCGCUUAAAGAGAGGUCACCGAAGCACAUACGAGGCGGAAAGGCGAGCGGCCCAAGCGGCUUUGGACGCAAAUGUGCCACCGGCCAGGAUAUAUCUUCGCUCCACGCCGCAAGGAUUUCGUCGGGCAGUUGACAUUUUUAUGCCACGUUUUAGUCGCGACGAGAACAUGUCUUUCUCAGAAGAGGAGGAGCGGUCAGAGGACCACGCCAAAACCCAAUCGAUUGCACAGAAACAGAGGAUCAGACGGGGUUUGGCUGCUCCCCGGCAAACGGAUGAGCCCCCCUACACGGGUAACUGCCACCACUGCCGGGAACUAGGCAGUGAUGACAUGAAAUCCGACGAACGCGGUCGAGGAAUGGCGCGCCGCGUUUUCCAUAAUAUGGAUCUGUUUUACUAUAAGUAACGUCCACUUGAUGCAGCACCUCAUGCAGCUAGGGAUAGACCACGAUUGAAUCAACCAGAUCGAGUUUGGGGUCACCGCGGAGUUGGCUUUUCUUCUGUCUCACACAUUUCAACGGAGGGUUAAACAGCAGCCUUAACAACGGGAUGCUCUGCGAGGGAGCCUAGCUGGUUAAAUAUAAAGAAUAAAAUGGCUUGUACUUU